AAUAAAGUGUUUUAAACAAAAAACAAUAUUAAAUCUAUUAAUGAGACAACUCAUUACAAUACUGUGUAGAUAACCUUUUCUUGCCAGGGACUUGAAUGAUGACAGUGCUUUGGAUGAUUUUAAUUUUGGAUCCAGAUCUGAACAAUAAGAAUAAGCUGAAAAUGUUCUUAGUUCUCUCUGUGUAACUCAGUCUGUAUCAUCCUCUCUUAAACUGACUGGUUCCAUCACACAGAACUGUAGAACAAAGCAUUUUGUGGACACUCAAUUGGACACCGCUUUUUCUGGUGUAAUGCUGACAGACUUAAUGAUGUUUGCUGCAGCAUUCAGCUUCUCAUGUCCAUUUACAAGAUUCAUUUCUUUCUGUAAGAGUAAAAGUGAAACAUUUCCCCUCUGACCCUUUUCCUUUCAUUCUCUCCUCAUCUUUGCCCCUUGUCCACUCUCACAUCCCCAUACAUCUCCUUUCUUCUGUCCUUCCUGCCUCCCAUUCUCCUACUCUUCCCACCAAGCUUCCUUCCUCUACACCUCUUUUUCAUCUCCCAUUGUGCCCUCUGCCCUUUUACUUGUUUUCUUUUUCUCCUCUCCUCUUUUUGCCUCUUUCCUUUCCUUUCCUGUAUUUUUCUUUUCAUAAGUUUUCUCCCCUACCCCUAAUUACCCCUUUUUCUAGACUGCCAUUUCCUCACCUUUCCAUUGUCCUUUUCCUUCUCUCACUCUCUAUUUUUUCCUCCUUUUUGCUGUUUUUCCAUUCCAUUGCUCACUGCUCAUCUAUUGUGUCCUCUUAUCACCUUUCCUCUCCUCUUCUUUUCCUUCUUUCCAAUUUCAUUUUCUCUUAUCUCUAUCUUCGUAUUCAUUACAUCCCAUUCCCCUUUCCUUUCUAUCGCUCUCCUUUCUCUUUUUCAUCUCCCCUCCUCUUAUACCUUCAACUCUUCUCUAUUUUAAUCACUUCUUAAUUUUUUUCUCCCUUCCUUUUGCAUUCUUUACCUUUGUUUCUUUCCCUCUCAUGUUGUCUUUCUAACCCUCUCCUCUCCCCCCCUCCUACAGGCAAACUGUUGUCUUUCAGUAACUGACGUCGUGUCUUGCAGUAGGCUACGCAGCCGCCUGGCAUGCCGGUGCGCCGCGACGUGGAGACACAGCCACAACGCACCAGAGACAGCUUUGCGUCGGAGAGAGGUGUAUGCUGACAACUCGCUGUGCAGACUCUCUGUACCACUGCAUCCUGACGUAAACACAUUGUAGGAAAAAAAAAAAAAAAAACAUCACAAUGUAAGCGUUACAUUCCUCAAUGGAGCAUCGUCUCCCACUGCGCGCGUCCACGGUGCUUAGCUUCUACAAUACAAUGCAGACGGUGAUGCGGCGAGCAGUGGGUGUGCGCUCCUGAGGACCGCCGUGUGUGAAGAGAGAAGAGGCGCUGUACCCAACCAGCCUCUCAGCCACUAAAGCAGAACUAUACGCCGCGGAUGAUGUGUUUUUACUCCCUGCCGUUCUCCAUCCUCUCUCGGUUAAAGUCGACGGAAUCGACCGAAAGGACACCGAGAGAUUAAAUAAAUCGAUUUCCUUCAACAGCAGCAUCAGGAGCCAGGAGAAUCAAGAUGAAAUUUCCGACUGAGAAUCCAAGAAAACCAGGGAACGUGAACCCUCCACCAGUGGCAGUCCAGACCAACCUGGUCCCCCCCAAGAAGGUGCAGUCAGGCAUGCUUCAGUCCAGCCUGGUGCAGGCCAGUGUGGCCACCAUGCAGAACCCUAUGGGCUGCUCUCUGCCGCGCCUCUCUGUCUCCACCCGCCCUGCCAGCAUGGUGGCCAGCAUGGAGGCAGUGGCCGACGGCUCAGCCCCCUUCACCAUGAUGAAGUUGAAGACUGUGCUGGCGGUGUUUGUAGUGGUUGUGGCCUAUCUGGUAGCGGGGGGCCUGGUGUUCCAAGCGUUGGAGCAGCCCUUCGAAAACAACCAGAAGAUCACCAUCACCGCAGAGAAGGCAGCCUUCCUGCAGAAACACCCCUGUGUGUCCCCAGACGAGCUAGAGGCUAUCAUCAAGAUGCAGUAGUAAAAUGGUGGUUACUGUGUUUGCGAUUUGAUGAGGCAUCUGCUGGACCAAAGGGCGUACAAAAGGGCCCCAUAGCCGUGCACUACACUGGACAAGCAGCUGUGACCGCUACGCACUUCUUGACCAAGCUUUCAACUCAUGUUGCUAAGGACACAGAAACUCCUUGAGCAAGUCAACACAACAUCAAACAGUGAAACAGAGUUACACACAGUUACUAAUGUUUUCCUGUUGCAUCCACUCACUUGUUAGAUGAUGGAAGCACUGACCCAAGAGAAUGAUGAUAAUAUAAGAAAAACUGUAUUCAAUGAAGAGAUUGAGGGUCAACUAGUAGCCUAUGAGAAAAGAAAAGUGCUGUCAGGACAGAGGGAGAGAAGAGUGGAGCAAAAUGCUGCUCCCAGUGAUGGAAGAAGUACUCAGAUCCUUAAUUCCAAGUCAAAUUUAAAAUUGUGAUAUAUUAUGUUAAAUGUAACUUGUAUUAUUACAGACACAUGACCUUAUAAGCAACAGUUGCUAUGGUAUAAACUUUGAUAUUAUUUGUUUUAAUUAAUUUUGUUGUUGUUGAAAUGUAUGGGGCCAGAACAGUGACAUUUACACUUUGGCAUUGAAAAUAAAAUUUGGCAUUGAAAUCAAAUCUGCACUGAAGAAAGAAACAUGUAUUAGCACUGAAACAAGUAUUGGCACUGAAAAAAGUUGCACUGAAAAA